GCCUCAUCGUUGUGGCGAAGCUCAAGAAGUAAGAGAGCAAGUAGAUCAGGGCCGUUGACCUUUGCUCCUGUAUUCUCCGUCGCCAUAUCCGACUGCGGCGAGCAAAACCAGCCGGUCUAGCGGGUAUUAUAACUCUCCAGUAGCCACUUUGCUCUAGCGCGUUCACGAAGCCACAUCGCGAAAGAUAGGUUUUCGCGAAAGUGGGUGGACGUUUUCAUCACGAUCUAGCGCGUUAGUUUAGACUUGACAAGGCUAAACGCUCGCAUUGCAUUCUCUGAGGGAAUAGGAAAGCCGCGACGCGCAUAGCCCCGUCUCAAAGCUCCGCCUCGUCACGUUGUAGGUGAUUUUUUAGAAUAGUAAAAAAUCAGCUCCGUCUCGUCACGCCCGCUAUUUCCACGUCAAUCACCAGCUCAAGCGUGAGGAGUCUAUUUUUGAGGCGCCUCAAAAAUAGAUUUCCGCGUCAAUCACCAGCCCAGUCUCAAAGCUCCGUCUCGUCAAUCAACAACCAGAAUUGAUUUCCGCGUCAAUCAACAACCAGAAUUGAUUUCCGCGGCAGUCACCACCCCAAACCACACGCGAUGGCUCGUACCGCGUUCCUCACCUUAACUUAUAUAGCGCUCAGCCUAGCUUUCUCACCCUACCCGGCACGCGCGGCGCUAGCGCCGUCGUCCGCACCACCGGGAAAUGCGGCGGGAACAGCGGCGGGAGCGGCGGUGGCGGCUUACCCGAUCUGCCCGCGGACGGGCGCGCGGCCCGUGAAGCCGAUAGUGCCGCCCAUUCGGUGCCUGUCUGCCGCCCAGUACUCGUGCUGUAGCGCGUGCGAGGAUUUCGUCAUCUCGCUACAGCAGAAUGCAGUAAACGCGACGGCCCUGCUCCUGGCUGUAGCGCCGAGCCUGGUGCUACAGCUGGCGGAUUCGACGCUGGGCGCAGACUACCAGUCGUGCGACGUCACGGGGCCGUACACCGAGGGGCAGUUCAUAGUGGAGCAGUUUAUAUGCGGGAUAACGUGUAACCCGGACAGCGGGUCCUACUUCACCCUGCUGCCCAAGCCCACGGCGUCGGUGUGCAAGAACGUCUCGCAGCAGUUCUACAACGCUGUCAAGGACGUGACGUUCCCGGGCUUCCCCGGCACGCUGGGGUCGUUCGUGAACAGCCCAGACACCUUCACCCGGCAGCUCUUCCAGGGGUUUGCCAAGUCCGUUGGAAUUGCCGAAUUGCAAGUCAACUUCGUGGACCCCAAGCUCCAGGCCUGUUGGAACAUGACUGGCCGUCCUCUCCCUGCCACAGCCGGCUGCUGCGACCCCUUUGUCCUGCCCUCCACAUGCCCCACCAACCUGCUCAACACCACUGCCCACCCCGAGUACCUCAAAGUGCUCAACCGAACCAUCCCCGACUUCUGCAGCAACCAGACAGGCAACGCCGCCCCUCCCUCAGCCUCCCCUCCUGCACCUGAGGGAUCUCCUGCUGUGCCUUCCCCACCUGCACCUGAGGGAUCUCCUGCUGUGCCUUCCCCACCUGCACCUGAGGGAUCUCCUGCUGUGCCUUCCCCACCUGCGCCUGAGGGAUCUCCUGCUGUGCCUUCCCCACCUGCACCUGAGGGAUCUCCUGCUGUGCCUUCCCCACCUGCACCUGAGGGAUCUCCUGCUGUGCCUUCCCCACCUGCACCUGAGGGAUCUCCUGCUGUGCCUUCCCCACCUGCACCUAGUAGCCCUUCCCCUGUUAACACUGCUGGUAGCAUAAGUAACUCGUCGCCACAGCCGCCACCGCCGCCGUCCAACGCUGCAGGCCCGGGAGCGUUUUUCUGCCCAGCCCCAGUGCUUGGUGUGCUGGUUGCCACUGUGUUGGCAUUGUUAGUGUGACCACAGCACGAGUUCGGUCAAGAGGACGGCACGUGUAAUGUUGAUUUCCUGGCAGACGAUUGACAUAUUUUUAAAAUAGGCACCUAGUGGCGAGUGAGUACUGAUGUUUUUUUUUUUUUUUUUUUUUUUUUUUUUUUUUUUUGCCGAGUACUGAUAUACUUCGAACAGGAUCACCGGUCUGCAGUUUGAGGCUGGAACUUGUUCUGCGGCAGAGAACAUUGUUAGAGUGAAUGGCUUACUGUUGGAAAAAGCA